AGUGGCAUAUGUCAGCAUAAGGAACUGUCUGACUCACCUUUCUGCAGUCCCAUGUCCACCCUUGACCAAAUCAGCUUACUGGGAGAUGGACAAUGAUGACUGACUCACCUGUGCUACAGGCCUGUCUCAGUCACAAGACAGGAUGGGGCAAAGCACACUUUAGCCUCUGAGCUCCCCAAGGCUAUCAAUGCCUACUUCUGCUGGCUUUGCCCAAAACAGUGAAAUAUAAAUUUUAUUUAUUUCGAGACCAGGUUUCUCUGUGUAUCCCUGGCUGUCCUGGAACUUGUUCUGUAGACCAGGCUGACCUCAAACUCAGAUAUCUGGCCUCUGUUUCCCAAGUGUGAAAUAUAAAUUUAUUAUGGUUUUUAAAAAGGCUAUCAGGGAGGUUGUAAUGAAGAGAAGUUCUAUAACUCCUGCAGUUUAGUUAGGUGCCGUCACUGGCUUUCAGGACCAUGUCUAAUGCACAGCUGAAUGUGAAUUUUGUCCAAGUUUCCUGAGGUAUGUGGACUUGGAGAACCUGAAUCUUGGAACUUAAAACUACAAGGGCUGUAGUCACAAGGUUUGGUGGAAGAGAGAGAGAGAGAGAGAGAGAGAGAGAGAGAGAGAGAGAGAGAGAGAGAGAACAGUGGAGAGAGAGAGAGAACAGUGAAACAUCAGGGAAAGGCAUGGUUUAAAACGACCUGAGGCCACGCAGCUGAUGCGUCCAAGUGACAACUGGUGAUCUAAAGCAAAGUGCGUUGAGAGAAAGCAUGGUGAGGUGGGCGUCAGGUGAGGGAAAUGAAGGUAGCCUAGUGAAAGUUCUCCCGCAAUUUUGGUCCUGCGAUGUAAGAAAACCACACGUCUACACAAAUAAGAAAGGUGCAGAGCAUAUUUUAGGGUGAUGUAGAUGUUUUAGUUAUAAUUCGGGGGCAGACAUAGAGCUUUUGACUGAAAUUCAAUCUCAUUGAGACGUCCUUCAGAGUUUCUUCAACACAGAAGCGAUGCAGAAGAUGAUAGAUUCAGUCAGCUUCCUGCUGUGAUGUUCUCUCCCCUUGGAGCUCUAUGGAAGAGCACAUGCAGCAACCUUGAUCAGGAAGGCAUAGGGAGACUAGAAUUCCCUACACACAACAUGGCUCCUCCAUGGCAGCAAACUGCAAAUUGAUGAUUAGUAUUCACUGAAGAAAUAUUUAACUGUAUUUGUUUCUAGUAAUUUAGAUUGGAGCCCCCAAAUCACAGGCUAGGCAUCAAGAAUUUGUUGAUGAAUAUGUCCUGGGUGACAUUGUACCUUCAAGCAAAGAACUAAAAUUCAAUGAUGAGUUGAAUGGAGGAAAAUGAGAACGUUAAAUAUGGAAAGGGAAGAAGAAAAGGAAAAUGGUAAAUUAGAAUGAAUCAGGAGGUCUGUGUAGUAGAAGUCUAAAGGAACCAGAAGGGCGAUGAGUGGGUAAGAUGGAUACAACAUGAAAGCAGAAGGGGGUAGGGAUGUAGGAGGAUAGUGAGAAGCACGAAUGUGAGCCAAGUAUAACAUACAUGUAUAAGAUGUUACGUGUAUAAGAAGCUACAGUGAAACCCAUUAUUUGGUAGGCCAGCUAAAAGUUAAUUUCAAAAGUGAGUCAGGGAGAUGGCAGUGCAGUGCCCAAGGGGGUCAGGGCUGAACUGGAUAGAACUGGCAUAAGAAAACCCGUCAUGUAUGUUUUUAAAAGCCCAGAGGUUCUGUCUGUGUGGCUGUCUCCGACCCUUUCAUCGUUAUGCCAGGCAAAGGAAAUCAGUUAAAAACAGUUAUAGGGGUAGACCACAGUGUGGCCAUUAAACGCAUGCUCCUCUGCAACUCAAUAACUCCUUCUGGAUUGGAGGUGAGAAGAAUGAGUGCAGCCAAUCAGAACAAAAGCAGGUUGGCAAGAAACCAAUGGGAAGUCAGCAUGGAAACAGCUUUGGCUUUGGUAUCAGUUGGCAGUACUGACCCUGGCAAACAGAUGCAGAGCUGACCACAACUGAGCCCCGCUCUUUGGGAUUUUGAAAGGCUUCAUUUUGAUGUCAUCUCUGAAGCUUAGGCUUGGAAGAACACAUCUCUGGGGAAGAACUUGGCCAUAAGGUCAUUGACAUGGGGAUGAGGGCUUGGAGAUAAGGACCUGAAGGACGGCUUGAAGGAUGGAGAGUAAGUUGAGGAUGUAGUGGCCACCUCCUUCUUUACAUUAGAAUCUUUGUGACUGAUAACAAAUGAGUAUAAAAUGUGGCAAGAGAUGUUUAUUCCUGAAGUGACUUCAGGAACCUUCAGGUUAGCUGGCUAUAAGGAAAAAACAGAGGAACCCAAGGUCUUCUCAGGACCAUCACAAACAUUUAUUCCUGCUAUGUCUUACACAGGGCACCAUUUCAGUGGGGGCAUCAGGAUGAUAUCCAGCCUGUUGUUGAUAGGACAAGCCACCCGCCUGUGGUCAGGCUUCAUGGCCCUGAGGAAGAGGUACUUUUUCUACUUCAGUCAAAGGCGUCACAAAUCAAACCUCAACCUCAAUCUUUUCAGUUUUUUAAAAAAUAUUGUUUACCACUGUCCUCAUUCCCAACUUUAACUGAUGUGAUGCAACUUACCUUGCUUCUCAUUUGCUGAGAGAGGAAAAGUAAGUUUUGAAGUUGGAGCAGUAAGGUGGAAUUCCAGAGUGAUCUGUACUCAUGGAGAAUGAGGAGCAUGACAUUUACUCCUUCCCUCUCGAAGAGUUCUCUUGGUCAGGUGUUCAUGGCGAGCCUGCCUUGUGCUGCGAACCAUGCUGACAGCCUUAAUGAAAGCCAAGAACUCAGUCUCGGCCUCUGAGAGACUCACUGCUCCACCCAAGCACGUGAUCAGAUCACCACAAAAGCAGUCCAGUCCAGUCCACUCCUUCCCACGUGUAGGUAGUGCUAUGAUACUAAAAUACCAAGGCUGCUGCUACUUCCUUGUAACUAUUCCUGGAGCAUGAAGGGGAGUGAGUGGUGUUAAUGUGCUCAGAUCUGAGUGUGCUACCCCCUCAGCUAGGUGGAGUGUGGAUGUACCAGAUCCUGGUGGGCCUCACGGUCCUCCAUUCCAUCUUUUUUCUUCCCCCCAUUUUACAACAGGGUAGUCUGCCAUAGUACAAGUUACUUCUGGAAACACAAUGCCAAACAACAGUUUUUCUUUCUGGGCAAUAAAAGAUGACAAUAAGCCUGAUUUGCUCUGCGGGAGGCCAGCCGAUUACUUUGUGGUCCAGAAGCAUUUCACAAUUAUGAUAUGUGCUACUGUUGUUCUGGGAGGGCUUUCAAAGAUGGUUUUAAAGAAUUCUGAGGUCUUUGUGUUGAUGAUUCUCUCCCUGUCAGGAUUUGUGACAGGGCAACUGGCUUACCAUUUUGUUGAGGUGCACCAAAUUGUCUACCCUCUUCUAAAAACACCGAGUUUUUCACUUUAUUGUUAUUUUUUACCUUUAAUUGUAUUUGUGGCUGCUUUGGAUGUGGACUUUUACAUAGUCAAGAACGUGUUAUGGCAGGUCUUGCUAAUGGGAAUGAUUAGCUUUGGUACGGCGUUUGUCAUCAUUGCAUAUGUGGUCUUCAAAUUCAAUAAGGAUUCAUGGGAUCUGCAGUGCUGUUUACUCUUCAGCAUCACCCUGUGCUUAAUAGACCCUCUCCAUUCCGUCAACUCGCUAAAAACGAUUGGCAUUUCUAAGAUGUACACUGAUAUCAUCAGAGGAGAGUCACUGAUCAUUUGUAGUUUUACAUGCAUAUUCUUUGGAAUUUUUCGGGGCCAUGCAACUAAUGUUUCCAUGUUCAGGGAGUUACAUGUAAUCAUUGGACUCAGCCUUGAUAUUUUUGGGAGCACAAUAUGUGGAUAUUGGUGUACCAGAGUCAUUCAGAUUAUAUUGACCGACAUUUUCAGCAACACGCUGACUAACGUUGUUCUGUGUUUUUCACUGGUGUACAUGACUUUCUACCUCGUGGAAUAUUUUGGAAUGUCGGGCAUUAUUGCUUUGGUCACGGUAGGCCUGAAUUUAGAUUCGCUAAGCUUUAAACCGCGGAUGGAGUUCAUAAUUACAAAGUUCUUAAUAAUGUGUUCAUCUGCAUAUGAACAUUUGAUAUAUGGUUUCUUUGGCAUUGUUGUUGGCUGUGGAGAAAUCAAGUAUUUCAGAUUUCACUCCCUAGUUUUCACUGUCAUCUUAUAUAUAACAGUGAAUUUUGCAAGGUUGCUUACUGUUAUUGUAGUGAGCCCUAUUUUGAAGCAUUCAAGCUAUGAGUAUGAUUGGCGAUGGGGAGUUGUCAUCACAUGGUCUGGAAUUAGAGGCGUUUUUAGCUUACUCUUGGCUCCUGAUAUUUAUAAUUUUUCUGAAAGCAAAAUAGAGGCACCACAUAUGUUUAUAUUCUAUAUACAAGUAAUAUCAUUAUUGACAACAGGAAUAAAUUCACACAUGAUGCUUCGAUCAGCCAAGACAUUAGGUUUGUGUGCUCUCUCCCUCCCAAGACAAAUUGCUGUUCAAAAUGCCAUUCAACACAUACAACAGAUUAUACGGAACACAAUAACUUUAUAUAAGACAGAAAAAACUUUGACAAACGUUAACUGGGAUGUAGUAGAAGAAAAAGCAGAUAUCGAAUACAAUCCUAUUUUAAAGCAGACUCACACUGUUCCAAUUACCCAUAUUCUCCAUGGUUCAGGAGAGGAAUUCGCAACAGAUGAAGUCUUAAUAGAACAGGCCAGAUUGCACGUAGCUAUAAUACAAAUGAGUAGCUUUGAAAAGCAAUGUAACGAUGGAAUCCUUGGAGUAGAGGCAGCCCGAAUAUUAAUUGGUGCAACCAAAAGCUACUGCCCCAUCCAUGGAAAAUUCAUGAGUAUUUCUGAUGUUUCAACUUAUGUGAGAGAUAGAAGUUGGCUUAUAAAGUUUAAAAACAUGUUAACUUACUUGGAAUAUCACAAAGAAAAGAUACUUUUCAGUGUACCUGGGGAUAAUAGUUUUCUGAUUUUUGUCUAUCGCACUAUAAUUUCAGAAGAAUUUGAAUAUGCUACAUAUGUUGUAACAGUAAUGUAUAUUUUCCCUAUGAUAAUACAUAUAUGGCCAACUGCAAGAGAGUUAAAUGUAUCGGCACUGAUAUCUAUAAACUACUAUUUUAUGUUUUUAUAUACAUUAGAAUCAGCACUGAAGAUACUAAUAUUAAAAAGGAAAUAUUUUCUUCAUAAUUGGAAUAAUUUGGAUUUUUUCAUCAUAGUUAUCGGAAUCGUUGAUAUAUUAUGCCUGCACUUUGUCAAGCUGAAACCAAACAACUUGGUUCUCAUCCAGUUUACAGUGGUAAUAGGAUAUUUUAGAAUAAUUAGGUUUCUUCCUAUCUUCAAGAUUAUAAUACCAAUACUAAUAAACAUGACAGACGUACAGAUCAAAAAGAGCCUCAGCUUGAUGUACAGUAUCACAAAAGGCUAUGUCAAAAGUCAAGAAGAUGCCAAACUUUUGAUAAGGCAAAUUUCUGGUCGUGAAUCGGUCUAUCAGAAACUAUAUGACAUUUUAGAAAAAAACAAGCGAGAGGCCAUUAAAGAGCUAGGACUCAUAGAGCACGAAGGCCGUGAUGUUGUCAUUGCUCUGAAGACAAAGCAGGCAAUCCGCAAUGUGAUUGCUAAAGCCCUGAAAAACCUCACCUUCCUCUGGUCAAGAGGCAUCAUUGAUAAGCACGAGGGCAUUGAGAUGAAUAAGGUUCUUCUUACAAAAAUCAAAGCCUUGAAUAACUUUCCCAUGGCAAUUCCGCCUCCAACCCCUGACAAAUACCUACCCAACAUCGUUUGGUUGGAAAAUAAGGAUGUCCUCAUUGAGUUCUUCAAGAGAAGAACUAGACUCACCUAUUUCGACUACGGUGAUAUCAUCUGUAGAGAAGGUGAAAUGUCACAAGGAAUCUUCUUAAUUAUUUCAGGAAUGGCUAGUUUGCAUAGCUCAUCUCCCACCUUUGGGAUAGAAGCAAGCCAGAGGACUGGCAGACACUUCAAGACUAUGUACACAGAGUACUGUACCAGUGGGGAUGUACUUGGUGAACUAAGCUGUUUGCUUAAGCGCGAAGUUGAUUAUACUGCCAUCUGUGAAACUACUUUGCAGGCCUUCUUCAUCCCCCUGGAGGAUAUAUAUGAAGGUUUUGAUGUCUUCUGGCCAUCUCUGGAAUAUAAAAUAUGGCUCAAGCUUGCUCUUAAUAUUGUGAAUCAGUAUUUUGAACAAAAUGUUGCUGGUGAGGAUUUAAACUUUCAGAAGUGUGUGACAUCCAAUCACGCAUAUCUGGAGACUCUGUCAAGCUAUAAUGAAAUGACUCUUAAUCAUGUGACCACGAAACUCGUUAUUCUUGUGUACGGCCAUGUAAUUGAUAACAAAACGAAAGAAUCACAUGUUGCACCCAGCAUUAUUCCUAAGUCCUGUGAGCAGAUCCAGGGAAUUUCAGAUGUAAGCAAGCUUCUGCUCAUCCCAACAUCUGAGCCUGUCACAAGUGAUGAGACCUCCCACGCCAUGGGUAAGGGAUGGAUAGCCUUUUAGCGGUGAGAAAAUUACUGUAAAGCAUUUUGACAAAUGUAAAAUUCUUUUAAUUCUGAAAAGUGAUUGGAUGUGGUCUUCACUCUAGGGCCCACACUGGCUUCCACUUUGCUUUUGGGAGGUUAUCUAACAGAGGCACUGAAAUCCAUGUGGCUCUUGCCUCUCCUAUGUCCCUCCCUCCAUACACCUUGUCAACAAACAACAAGCCCUGGUAGGGUGGACCAGCAAAGUGCUAUUGGGGUGCUACUGAAAUGGGGAGAGGAGAGACUCCCACAGUGGGGUCAAGGGAGGAGAACGGUCUGUUCCCUGCAACUGAAGGGAAUAUGAAACCCGACCCACCUUCUUUGAGUAUUAAAAACUAGUCACAGCCACACGUCUAAUGGAUUGCUCUAGUUACACUUAAGUAAUUGAAGUCAAUAGAUGCAAUUCUCAAUCAUGUUGCUGAGCACUGAUUACAAAGAGAAGAGUAGGUAGGAAGGCUUUGUUCUGGAGAAAAUAUACCCAAGGACUUCACUCUAUGCUCAUUGUCCUUGCCUUGCUGGGCUCCGUGUCAACACCAUCCCACCUGGCCCAGCUUGAAUACAGAGUCAGCCUUGAAAUGUAACUGUGAGAUCAUGCAAUUCUUAAUGAAUUGCUGUUUUGAGAGUAGACCUCUCCUACCUCAGGCCCUUUGGAAAGAUACCAGACAGAGGGGAGCAUAGCCACUAGUAUUCUCCAGUGGGCUUGAGACACAGCUCACAAAUGGUUAAGACCAGGUCUCGAUCCAGUUCCUUGAGUUUGGACUGUGACACAUAUUUUGCUUUGAAAAUUUUCAAUGAGUUGCCAUGGAAAAACAAAUAGAAGUUUCACAUUUACAAAUGUAAAUUUUUGAGAUUUUCAUUAAAAAAAAUGAGGUCUACCAGUAUGUGGCCCUCAUUCCCAUAUGUGGCAACAGUCAAUGAGAUAGCAACUGAUUUGUACAAUGGGAGCAGGUGCCUGCCUAUGCAGUCCACACUGUACCAUUUUGCAUAUAUACAGUCUGCUUUGUUUGUGGGACCUGCUUGUCAGCUUGUACGUUAGACUUUUAAGAGCUCAUUCCAAAGCUCCAAGGGACGAAAGUAAAGAGCCUGUUUGGAAAUGGGAAGGGGAAGGGAAGACUUAUGUGGAGAGAGCAGUCUGAUACUCAAAUACUUGGAAUUCUUUUUUUUUUCUCUUCACCUCAGUCAACACUGGUCUUCGAACGACCAAGAAAGAUUAUAACUGGAAGAGGAAAGAAGAGGUAAUAAAUCGGGUCCUUGGAAUAGAUUUUUCUUAUUGUGAAUAUUAAUCUACAUAGCUAUGCACAAACCAGGCAUGGUGGCACACACCUAUUGAAAGGACAAGUAUUGACUCAGGACCACUAAGACCAAGUUUUCUUCACACAGGAGAUUUAUUUGCCCCAGAGCGACAGAGGGCAGGAAUAAGGGACAAAGACAGGAGAUAGAGGAGGAGGGAGAAGGGGAAGGGAACAAGGAAGAGAUGGGGGAGGUUAUUUGUCCUGGAGGGACAAAGGAUUGCCCCUGGAUAGAGAGGAGACAGACAUGGUCCAUAGGCAAAUGGCAGUUUAUAAACGUAAAAGAGAAACCCUAUAUCAGGAUGAGGUGUUUGAUUUUAAUUAAGCAUGUUAACUAGGUGAGCCAAAGGGGGUUUUUGAUUGCUAGACUUCAACACUUUGAUAGGUGGACCUUGGUAGUCAGCCUCAGGAGGAGGAAGUCACCAAAUAAGGGAAUGGACCUUGGUGGCUAGUGUUAGGGAUGCAACCUGACAGUUGUUAGCAAGGCAAAGGGAACAGGGAGAAGAUUCAGGCUGCCAGAGAAAGCUGUGUCAGCCACACUCCAGCUGGCCAGAGUCCCUUCACCUAUAAUCUCAGCGCUUGGGAGGGGGAAGCUGGAGGACCUGGAACUUAAGGUCAUUCUUAGCUAUCUAGUAAGAUUGAGAGCAGCCCAAGCUGUAUGAGACCCUGUCUUUAAAUAAAUAUCUAAAUACAUAGUGAGAUGAAGGAGCGAAAUGCAGGUAGUGAGAAAAGACACCUUGUUGCAGCUCACUAAGUUGGACUAGUUGAGACAAAGCUAAUCUGUGUUACUUAAGAACUAAAAUCACAACCAUCUAUAAUGAGAUGUGGGGCCCUCUUAUGGCAUGCAAGCAUACAUGCAGGCAGACCACUGUAUACAUAAUAAAUAAAUAAAUCUAUAAAAAAAAACAACAAAAAGCUAAAAUCAGGGAACAUUGUUUUGAAUAGUAUAAUUUUAAAGACUGGGAAAAUGGCUUAAUGGCCAGUGUGCUUCGUCUACAAGGCUGAGGACCUAAGUUUGGAUCCCCAGUCUUCACAUACAUGGCAGGUAUGGCAGCACACCUGAGCUGUGGCUUGUGGGUAGGGAGGGUAGGUGGAUUGUGGGGUUCAUUGGCCAGCCAGCCUAAGAACUGUCCCAGGCUCUGCAACCUGUCGAGUCCAUUAGUGUUGCUUAUAUGUGUAUUUUUUUGAGGGGGAUGACCACUUGGGAUGAGAUAACCAUUUAGGGUAUUCAUCUCCAGGGAAGACUAAUUCUCCCUCAGUCAGAAGUUUGUAAUUGCCUAUAGUCCUUCAUCCCAGGGUGUUUUCUUCAACCCACACUGGUGUGUCAACGAUGGUUCAGGUCUUGUUUAGACGGCCAGAUUGUUGAGAUUUCAUGGAUGGAGGACACAGUCUUGCAGCACACUUCCUGUUCUUCUGGCUCUAACAGUCUUUGUACACCAUCUUCUUCGAUGUUCCCUGAGCCUUAGCUAUAAGGAUUGCAUUGUAGAUGUAUCCAGUGGGGCUGCCUGCACCCCCCGCCCCACAUCAGUUGUUCUCUGCAUUUUUGACUAGUGGCUUCCUGUAAUGGUCUGCUGUAGAAGAAGCUUCUCUGGUGAAGGGAAGAAAGAGCUACUCUUAUCUGUGGGGAUAAGGAUAAGUCCUUAGAAUGCAGUUAGCCAUUAUACUGGUUGAGGAAACUGGCAGAAGUAGCUUCUCCUCUGAGAUCUCUGACCUCACUAGCCACAUGGAGUUGACUAGGUUUGUUCCUAGUCAUGCAUCAGGCAUGUGUUCCCUCCUGUCAAGUGGACCUUAAACACAAUUGGAUAGCUGCUAGUUGCAACCAACACAUAAACGCCAUUAUUACACUUUUAGGGAUACCCUUCAGUGCUGAUCACUGCUGCGGUUCAGACAUCACAGUAAAAACCCAGAUAUUUUGAAACAUGAUUUUAAAGCCUGGUGUAGUUUUGUUUUCACUUUUCUUGAUCCCUUCAGCUGCAAGAACUGAUGUGGAGAAAUCUGAGCAGUGCUAGAAGCCAUGCCUAGAUUUGUGGAGGCAAGGGACUUGUUACCCUGGGUCAGAACAGAGUUAAGCCCAGGUGGUGGAGCUCUCUGCUUGCUCAUGAUGACAGGGCCUCUCUGUUCAGUCCUCCAAUAGCUCUUUUGAAGCAAGGCCCACCUCUGGGUGGGGUGCAUGAGCAGACAGGUCUCACAGGGUGACUGGGUAUAGGAGUGAUGGGUGCACAGGACAGGCCUCAGGGGCCUUCAGUAACCUCCCUUAUUUUGAUUUCUAAUGGCUAGAUACCAAGUUACCCUAAAAAAGCCUGUCCUCUAAGCAAAAGUCACACACACACACACACACACACACACACACACACACACACACACACACACACACUCACACACUCCAUCCUCAAGGAGAUGUCCAUGCUGAGGCUCUUCUAAGAGAAGAUUUAGUCCUGCCACCUACACUUACUAUCAAGGUGAGAUGCAGUGCGCUUGUCAGAAGAAAUGGCAGCUGCCCCAAUCAAGGUCAUGGGUGAUAGUUCUUUUAAAAAAGACUAACUCAGCUCUUUCUGGGUAGCUCUUAUAGGGUCAUCCUUUCCUUACCUUUAAAGGAAGCUCAUUUCAUAGGUAGUGAUCCUGAGAAUCAAACAGCUGGGCUCCUCACUUAUUACUCAUUCUUUCCGGCGUCAUCAUUAUCACUAUUAUUUGUAGAGCCUCAAAGCAUGCUAGUACCAGUGUACCAGCUAGGAGCAGAGUACCAGUGAGUCAUAUUCCCGGCCCAUAGACCCCAUUAUUUUCUAAAAAGUUUUCACUUCCACAAUUUAUAGGAAAAAUUUCCAGUUACUCUGUAAUCAGUCAUAAAGUUAACUAGAAUUUAAAUUUCAUGACACUUCUCUCUUUUCUUAAGCACAUCUUUGGCAGUUGAAUUAAUGUAGUAUCAAUUGCUAAUUAAAUUAAUGCAGCAUCUCUUUACAGUAUAGAAAUAUACAUGUGGAGCCGGAGAGAUGGCUCAGUGGUUACGAACACUUGAUGCUCUUGCAGAGGACCCAAGUUUGGUUCUCAGCACCCACAUGGUGGCUCACAAUCAUCUGUAACUCCAGUUCCAGGGGAUUCAGGUUCUAUAGGCACUAGGCAUGCACAUGGUUCACAUAUAUACAUUGUAGCUGAAAUUUUCCUGUGUCCUGCUGGCUAUAGAAGGUCAGGACAAAUCUCUCUCACCCACCAGUCCCGCAGCUGUUCAGACCCAAGUAAACACACAGAGGCUUAUAUUAAUUAAAACUGCUCAGCCAUUGGCUCAGGUUUACUACUGACUAGCUCUUACACUUAAACUCAGCCCAUUUCUGUUAAUCUAUAUGUCGCCACAUUUUCCGUGGCUUUACCUGUGCAUCAUUACAUGCUGCUCCCUGGAAGGUGGGCUGGUGUAUCCUGACACUGCUCUUCCUCUUCCCAGCAUUCCUUUAGUCUGCUCACGCCACCUAUACUUCUUGCUUGGCUACUGGCCAAUCAGCAUUUUAUUAAACCAGUGUACAAUAGCAUUAUCCCACAGCAAUGCAUGUUGUGGGGUAUUUGAUCACAUUGUGAACCCUGAGUUUUCAUUUGUGUUAAUUAAAUAAAAUCAACCUUGGGUCAGGAGGUUGAGUUAACAACUAAUUGACAGAGAGGAAUCAUAUAUUGUCAGAGGGUAUCUGGAAGAUGAUAGAGUGACACACAGGAAGUAGUGGGGAGGGGCCUUUUGUGGCAUGUUUUUUUUUUUGGUUUGGCAGAGGGAAGGACACUCCCUUUAGGAGACACCUGCAAACAGAAGUCAGCUAGUUGCUACUCAACCUCUCUGAGCUAGCAGGUUUUCACCCCAGCCUCUGACUCCCAAGUCUUAUUGACAAAUAGGAUGAUAGAGAUUUAAUUAAAAGCUAUAUUUGGGAGCAGCAACAGAACUGGUGCCUGUGGGAACAGAAUUCCUGUUAGGCCAUGGCCUAAAUGGCUGGGCCGCUGCUAGAGAAGCAGGCCAGUAAUAGCAGAGCUGCAAUUACUGGCUAAAAAGUGGCAGAUUAAAGCCAGGCUCUCUGCUGAAGGAAAAACAACACAUACAUAAAGGCAAGAUGCUCAGGCACAUUAAAGAAAAAUAAAUGAAUAAAUAAAAAUUAUAAACACACAUGUUAAUUGCAUAUUGUAACUCAGAGCCUUUAGUAUGUAAGUUCUUUUAAGGGAAAAUAGACAAUAAAAUAGAAAGCGUCCAGUAAUUUUUGACUCCAUUUAAUUGGCAAGAAUCUUUCCUGAAGCAUUCAUAGUCUAAUAUUUUUGACUUUCUUUUGCAGGUGGAAGGUGGACAUCUCUUUAGAAAGACAUAUUAGCAAGACAGCUAUGAUGUGUGGAGUCAGGUAAAGGUGGAGCUGACACCUGGGCACAAAUGUUGACUUAGAAACUGCUCAAACUGUUUGCUGCUGCAUUUAUUUUAGAGGCAAUUAAUGGAUUGCCACCAACACUUCAGACUUUUAGUAGUUGCAUUAUAUUUGAGAUACUCAAAAGUCUUCAGGAUACUAUAAAAUUCUUUAAAACUGAGGGAAGGAACGCUUCCCCUGGCUUAGCACAAGUGGUAACAGAGUAAGUUGGUAAAUGAGAUGUGCAAUUAAUGUGGAAGUCCAAAGCAGAAUACUUGUGAAAUUGCUGUAAUUAAUGCAUCUCUGACACUUUGUAUCUUCCUUCUCUAAUUUAGUAUGUGCUGAAAAAUGGGAAAAUGUUCCACAAUCUUGGUUACCGAAAGCAAAGUCUAGGAGAAAUCAACAUUCUUACAUUUCAUAGUCCUGUUUGACAUAACUUUCUAUUUUAUUUUUAAAAGCCAAAUAAAGUUGAAUGUUAUGGUCAAUGAAUAACUUUUUAGAAUCCAUUAUUCUUUAUCAUUUCAACCAGACUAAGAAUAGGAUAGUGUUGUGAAAAUCUUAAUAGAGGUAACAACAACAACAACAAAAGUAUGGUAGAAAAAGUUGACCUUUCAAACCUCAGGGCAGGUCCUGGGUGGCCUUCACUAUGUCAGGAAAUGCCAGGUAUGACUGUACAGAAACCCGAGUGCACUUGACCACAGAGGUUCCUUUUUCUGAUGUAACAUGUCUGCAAAUAGGUGAAGCGGGCUGGUGUUGCCACUCGAGAGUGUCAUGGGCCAAGUCCCUUCCAGUGUCCCACUCCUUCACCCUUGGCCUUGUCCUCUCUUGUCAGAAACACCUGUGAAGACCUUCCAUUCUAGAUGGAAGGCUGCUUAGUUUUAAUCGUCAGUUUGCCUCAACGUAUCUGAGGAGCUUCAGUUGAGGAAUUACCUAGAUCAGGUGGGCCUAUGGGCAUGUUUGUGGUGGGGAUUGUCUUGACUAUUAAUUGAUGUCAGAUCACUGGCCUGUUGGGGGUGGUACCAUUUCAUGGGCUGGGCCCUGAACUGUUUAUGAGUGAAAAAAAAUAUAAGCAUCAACCAAAGAUGAAUUUAUUCUUUUUGCUCUUGAUUGUGGAUGCAACGUGACCAGCUCUUGCCUGGACUUCCCCCACAUAAUGGACUAUGUCCUAGAACAGUAAGUGAAAUAAACCCUUCUCUCUCUGUUACUUUUGGCCAGGAUGUUUUGUCACUACAGUAUCAAAAUGAGAACAGAUGGCUUUGCCUUUCUUCAGUGAAGGGACCUCUUCCUGGGCCAGAACUGUCUUGUGGCCGUACACUUGUCACCCUGAGAUGAGCUGGCACGCCCCCCCCCCCCCAACACCAGUCAGGAUGUCCAUCGGGCCCGAGAGGGAAACACUGAUGAGCAACAACAGUAUUGCUUUGCCUGUCACUGGUACCUGGACUGUAAAUGGCUCUAUGUUCUCAAUCUCUGGGCUCUUCAUUUUAACUGCUAGUAUACUUAGCGCAUAUUUAAGCUCACAGUCAAGUGUAGGUGGUACAGGUGCACUAGAAAAGAUGUAAGCUUUACAGUCUUGCUUAGGAGGUAUAUUAGCCUGUAUUUGAAACCUGUAUAUUGAAGUACCAACUAGAAGAUGGUACUUCAUUCUGUGUAUACAGAAUACUUUGUGCUUCAGGUGAUUAGAAACAACUCAAAAGGUGUAAACACUAAAGAAAUUUAUUAUCAUCACAUAAACCAAGAGUAGGACAGGUUUUUCAGAAGGUAGAAAUUAUCAGACUAGUUUAUUUUUUUCUCUCUACUGUUACCUGUUCAGCCUUAUUCUGUGGUUGCAUGUUUUCUUGAUCAUAUCUAGUAGGAGACAAAAACAAAAACCCAAACCCCUUCAAAUUACUCUUUAGCCAAAGAAUUAUUUUAGAAGCCUGGCAUGGUGGCUCACACUAAGAAUCCUAGCCCUUGGGAGGUAAAAGCAGAAAGACCAAGAAUUCAAGGCCAGCCUUACCUACACAAUACUGUCUGAGUGAGAGAGAGAGAGAGAGAGAGAGAGAGAGAGAGAGAGAGAGAGAGAGAGAGAUUCUAGAAAC